AUGUCGACAGACGCCGAGAAGAAUGCGCCCGAGUCGCAAUUCCAGAACAUUGGAGAUUUGGUGGAGCGCAAUGACGAGACUGGUGUGAUGUCCGUCGAGAGCAUGUGCAUGAAUUGCCAUGAGAAUGGCAUAACUCGCAUCCUGCUCCUCCGAGUCCCGUUUUUCAAGGAUAUUGUCGUCGACUCCUUUUACUGCGAGCACUGCAACUUUGCGAACAAUACCGUAAAGCCCGCCGGAUCGAUUUCACCACUUGGUAUUAAAUACACCCUUGAUGUCACUUGCGAAAAUGAUCUUCAGCGCCAGGUUAUCCGCAGUGAUGCCGCUACCUUCAAGUUGGAUACCCUCGGCAUUGAGAUGCCAAAGGGCGGAGAAAUUAGCAAUAUCGAGGGAAUGAUCCAGCGCACUCAUGAAUCUCUCGCAGGCGAGCAGCCUCUGCGCAAGGAGCAAGCCCCGGAAUUGCAUGAUGCUCUUGAGCCUCUCAUCCAGAAGCUCCAGGAUAUUUUGGACCGCCGCGACGACUGUUUCCCCUUCACUGUUUCUCUGGACGAUCCCACCGGUAAUUCUUGGAUUGCGCCCAACCCCAGUGACAAGACCAACUACCGGCGCAUCGAGUACCCUCGCACUCAUGAACAGAACGAAGAACUGGGUAUUACUGCCGAAGCUUCUGAGCAGCAAACGGUCAACCCAAUGGAUAUGGGUGAUCCUGAGGAUUCUGAAAUUGUUGACGGACAGGUCUAUACCCUGCCUGCCGAGUGCCCUGGCUGCACCAGGCCCGUUGAUCUCAAAAUUAAGAAGGUGUCAAUUCCUUAUUUCAAGGAUGUUCUGAUUAUGGCUAGUUCCUGCGCCCCCGAGGAUGGUGGCUGCUCUUAUAAGCAGAAUGAAGUCAAGGUCGGCGGAGAGAUUCCCGAGAAGGGUCGACGCAUUACUCUGAAGGUUGAAACCAUCACCGAUCUUAGCCGUGACGUCUUGAAGUCUGGCACCUGCGCUCUGCACAGCGAGGAUCUCGAACUGUAUUUGGGCGCAUCCUCAAUUUCGAGUCGUUUCACCACCAUUGAAGGCCUUCUUACCGCUAUGCGUGAUCAAUUGCAUGGAAACCUCUACGACCUGGGAGCAGGAGGCGGUGACAGCAUGGUUUCCGACGACAAGGCGAAGUGGGACCGCUUCUUUGCUCGACUUGACCAGGCCAUUAAUGGCGAAUUGAAAUUCACCAUUGUUUUGGAGGACCCCUUGGCCAACAGCUACGUUCAAGAUCUGUGCUCGCCCGCCAAGGAUCCACAGUUGGAGGUCGUGGAUUAUGAGCGCACUGAGGAGGAGGAGGAGGAGCUCGGCUUAACGGACAUGAAGACUGAGGGUUACGAGGAGGAUGCGGAAACUCAGGAAGCGUAA